AUGACUGUGCUCCUACAAGAGUUAAAACGUUUAAACAAAUUACAACAUAUCCAUAAUUUACCAAAGUUCGGACUAAAACUGGAUGCCAGUAGUACUGUGAUAGUGGUUCAAGUUCACGACAGAGUGGAAUACUUAAAAAUUUUACUCAAUUCUUUACGGAAAAUGCGCAAUAUUGAGAACUGUUUAUUAAUUGUCAGUCAUGAUGUUUAUUCUAAAGAAUUAAAUGAUGUGGUUGAAAUGGUAGAUUUCUGUCCUGUCAUGCAAAUUUUCUUUCCUAAUUCACAACAAAUAUUUAGUGAUGUAUUUCCUGGAACAGACCCAAAAGACUGUAAACGAGAUAUGAAAAAAGCAGAUGCUGUAAAAGCCAAUUGUUUAAAUGCCUUGCAUCCAGACAAAUAUGGUCAUUACAGAGAACCAAAAUAUUGUCAAGCUAAACAUCAUUGGAUAUGGAAGUUAAAUUAUGUAUUUGAGAAGAUAACAGUAUUAGAAGGAUAUCAAGGCAUGGUAUUAUUAUUAGAAGAAGAUUAUUAUGUGUCUGAGGAUGUGUUAUCUGUACUUAGUAUGUUACAAAAUAUACAAAAACGUGACUGUAAAGAUUGUCAGAUGUUAGUGAUUGGAAAUUAUGACAAAUCUCAAAAUUACCAAGUAAAUUCUGGAAAGGUUGAAAAGUCAUUUUGGGUAUCAUCGAAACAUAAUAUGGGUAUGGUUUUUACACGAAAACUCUGGGAUCAAAUCAAAAAAUGUCAAAAGGAAUUUUGUGUCCAUGAUGAUUAUAAUUGGGAUUGGACUAUACAACAUCUCAGUAUGAAAUGUAUUCCAGGUAGAAUACAGUGUUUAAAACUUCGAGCCACUAGAAUCUUUCAUAUUGGAGAAUGUGGAAUUCAUCAUAAGGGUAAAAGUUGCAAUCCAGGAGAUAAAAUCAAAAAGGUUGAGGAACUGCUAUCAAAAAAUAAAAACUAUCUGUUUCCUAAUACUUUAUCAAUUAAUGGACAAUCACGGAUGAAAAUUCGAGAUCCCAAGGCCAACGGAGGUUGGGGCGACAUUAGAGAUCAUCAGUUGUGUUUAAGUUUUUUUAAUUCAUCAUCAAGCUGA